UUUUACAUAAUUUGGUUUAUGUAAUCACCAAAAUCGGCACUUCUCAGUCUCUUCUCUUUGCUGAGAGUAGUCAAGGGCAUUUUCCUUCAUUUUAUAAUUUGACUAUGUUGAAUGCGACUAUGAAUGGUCCUUAUGUCAUGGAUGAUGAUUACACUAGUGGUGCUUGGAUGAAUAUGCUUCAAAAAUCACCAAAUCUUAAAUUUCUCAUCCUUUCAAGGGGAUUCAAUUCAGAGGACGAUGAUAUGAUAAUGGACAUUGUACCUGGUUGUUUUCAGUAUUGCCUCAAAUAUGUUCUAAUCUAUGAUGUUGAUGGGGCUGCACAAGGGUUAUGUUCUUUAAAAUAUUUGUAUGAGAAUGCACCAGUUUUGGAGAGUUUCUGUCAUUUGCUCACCAAAAUUAUCCAAAGAUUUAGAUAAACAAGAAGAGAUCCAUCAUGAAUUGAGACAACGAGACAACUUCGUGGCAGCUCUGGCAGUUGCAAAAUCGUGUUGCUUCCCUACUGGGCUUCCUUCUAAACUUGUCAAUUGCGAAAGCCUUCACCAUCAAGGUCAGUGAUUGAUUCAGAAUUAGCUUAAAUUCUCCUUUGUCAAAUUUAAGGUAGACAAUGUUCAUAAUUUCGUGUGUAAUUAUAUUACCUCUAGCAAGUAACAUGUAUCUUUUUGAAGUUUGAGGCCAAUGUGAAGGACCCUUGAGGUUGCAUAGGAUUGCUACCAAAGGAUAGACAUGAUCUUGAUAAUUAGUGUUAACAUAGUUACCAUCUCAAGCUCUCUGACGUGAUAAUUGCUUUUUUAAUACUUGAGGCUACCAAGAUUUGAACUUUGGUUUCUUAAACGAAGAGUUCACACGCUACCAACGGAUCACAUGAUUAUUUGGCGGAUAAUAUUUGGUACAUGAUAGUUUGAGUUCAUUUUUUUUAAUUCAUCUCAUGGACUUUUAUCUUGCUUUAGACAAUCAAAAUGAGGUGAGCCAUGCAUACAAACAUAUUCAAUUAUAGCAUUUUCAUGCU